AUGAGAGCUUCAUUUCUUCUCGCAGCCAUUGGCUUCCUCGACCAGCUACCAUGUUCGGCUGCACAGACAUUGAACAUCGUUGCGCAUCAGGACGAUGACCUACUCUUCCUCAGCCCCGACAUUCUGCAUGAAGUUCAAGCUGGUCGCAGAGUGCGCACCGUUUUCCUAACUGCAGGCGACGCAGGGGAAGUUUCCACGGGCUACUGGGAGCAGCGUCAGGCGGGCUCUCAAGCCGCAUACGCGCAGAUGGCCGAUGUAAGUGACAUCUGGACGCAAUCGGACGCUGGCAUUGACGGGAAAAACAUUCCCGCCUUUACACUUGCCGGGAAUCCAGAUAUCUCCCUGGUCUUCCUGCAAUUGCCCGACGGCAAUGGUGUCGGAGAUGGAUUCCCGAAUACCGGAAGCGCCAGCCUCCAGAAACUCUGGCAGUCGGAAAUCAGUAGCAUCCAAACGGUGAAUGGAUCGACCAGCUACACAAAUGACGAGCUCAUUGAUACACUGGCGAGUUUGAUGAGUGAUUUCAGUCCGGAUCGGAUCAAUACUCAGGACUACACCCAUGAGUAUGGUGGUGGUGACCACAGUGACCACUACACCACGGCGUAUUAUGUACAACAGGCAGCCGAACGAUACUCCACCACUCAUACUCUGACUGGGUACACGGGGUACCCGAUCCAAUCGAUGGCCCAGAACGUGUUUGGCGAUGAUCUCCAGGCCAAACAAUCCGCGUUCUUCACAUACGCUGCGCACGAUUCCAAAGUUUGCCAUGACGUAGCCAGCUGUGUGAAUGCCCGUCUCCUUGACAACCGUCGGACGGUUGGGUUGGAGGAGAAGGUCGUGCUUGAUGGUACGGAAAGUAGACACCCCAACGGUGACUCCCUGACUGACCAAUGGACGCAGAUUAGAGGCGCCGAUGUUGCCCUCUCCGAUGCCACAGCAGCGCACCCGUCAUUCACCAGUCCUAAAUCUUCGGAAACACUGGGGUUCUGCCUAGUGGUCGGAAGUGGAAAGACCAGGAGUACGCCAGCAGAGGUGACAGUUGUCACAACCCAUCUGCAGAAUGUUGCGCGCAACGCAACGGCGAUCGCAUCUUCGCACGAUGCGGACCAUGGCCAGACGGCGGGAAAGGCCCUGGAUUCGAUCUCCGAGGUCUAUCUCUACGACCGUCCCAAUGUCAAUGAGCAAGUCACCGGUGGCAUUCUUCAAUUUGAUGAUGACAGUACCAUUCCCGUUGGUGCACUGGACAAUUAUGGGAAACUAAACAGGAUUCCCUUUAGGGAGAGAACCACGCGCAGUCUCUUCUUCAUGGUAACGUCCCUUAGCCCGUCCACUCGUAAUGUUGGCCUGGCAGAGAGAUAG